AUGUCCACUGCCGCUGCGACUCCGAAUACCUCCUCCAAUGCUCUAAACCCCGCCGCCAAUUCCGCCCGGCCACUGAAGAUGAGCACUGCCGCCAAAGGCAUCGACGCACAGCAGCGAAAGCCCGGAAGCCCCAUCGACGGCGGUCAGAAGAAACCUCCCGCCAAAACGGCAUGGACCCAGGGCACCAAUCCCAUCACACAGCGACCGACUCACUCCCCCACCCCCAACGGUGCCGUAAGCUCACCUAAGCCCCCACAAGGCUCGACGGCUGCCUCCGCCGACAACGCUUCCCCGAUGAGGCACCUCAGCGACCGUAUGAUGUACCUGCUGGCCAAUCUGACGGGUCUUCCGGGCAUCAUUACGCUGAAGAAUGGCGAAAAGUACUCUGGUGUCCUCUCAGGCACCUCACUCGACCCCAGCGAGCUGCGCUAUGUCUUCAAGAUGGUCAAGAAGCUCCUGCCUACCAGCAACGCUCAGACCAACGGCACGAGCCAGUUGUCCGACGACUACGUUGGCUCAGGCGAUUACCACGUCAUGUCAUUUGACAUGAGCGAUGUGGCAGAUUUCAAUGUCAACAACGUUGUCCUUGACAAGUCCCAGCUCAAGGGCCAGAAUGGCUUCCGCACUGAUACCGACAUCUCUGGCAAGCUCGAACUCCGUGAGCGCAACCUUCAGAAGUGGGAACCGUCCGAGGUUGAUCCCAACAUGACGCUCGAGUCUACCGGCCGUUCGAACGACUGGGACCAGUUCUCCGCCAACGAGCGCCUGUUCGGUGUGAAGAGCAACUACGACGAGAACAUCUACACCACCACCAUCAAUAAGAAUGACCCACAAUAUGCGGAACGGCUUGCCCGUGCUGAGAAGAUCGCCCGAGAGAUUGAAGGUAGCAGCGCAACCAACUCGCACGUCCGCGAAGAGCGCGGAGGAUACACUGCGGCCGAUGACAAUGGCGAUGAAGAGGACAAGUACAGUGGAGUACGACGAGACCUGACAAACCUGUCAAGCGGCCAGUCCAACCGGUACACCCCACCCGCACGACGUGCCCCCGCCCCUGAGGCGACGGUGCCCGGCGCGCCGGUGGACCCUGCCAUUAUCUCGUCUUCCGUCGCACGGCCUGCCUCGCAGUCGACACAACGUGUUGCAAGUCCCGCGGCACCAGCACCAGCAGCAGCUGCGCCUGAACCUAGCAAAACGCAAGAGUCCAGCAAAGACGCACCCAAGCCUGCAUCAAAACCAGUCGACGCGCACAAGGCUAUUGCGGAACAGCUGCAGAAGCCAAGUAGUACGAUCAAAUCUGGGGUUGCUGCCAUCCCUCCUAGGAAAGCUGGACGGCCACACGACGCAACUACGAACGUUGAGCACGACCUGCUUGACUCCUUCAAGCAGUUCUCGGCCGCUGAGAAACUACGGAUUUCCGAUCGCCAGAGGGCUUUCGCCCGCGAGAACAAGGCUGUGAAGCUCAACGAUCUUAAGAAGUUCGCGCUCAACUUCAAACUGAGCACGCCGGUACCGUCAGAUCUUGUGCCCAUACUCGCUAAGGACGAGACAAAGCAGCAGGCUAUCGUCGACAAGGCCAACAAACAAGCGCAGGAAAUGAAGACUACACCUCCGAAGGCGUCCAGCACCAUGGCAGACCCCAAAGCUGCCGCACGAUCUGCUGUCAAGCCAGAAUCCACCCAAGCAUCCCCUAGCACUAACGCAGAGCGCCAACAAAAUCAGCGUGCUCGACCAGGGCAGCCAGCCUAUGCGUCUGCUUCUUUGCGGGGUUCCCACCAGAACAUGAACCAGAUGCCUCCUCGCAACCAAGGACUACUUAGCACUCGUCUGCAGAUGAACCACCAGCAGCAUAAGCAGCAAGGUGCCAUGCCAUACAACGGCGUUCCUCAACCGAUACCAGCUCAGGACAUGCGCGUACCACCUACUGGUCCUUCACAGCCCUCGAGUGGUGCUCAGACGCCUUCUUCCAGCGUGUCUACAAGGUUCAACGUUCGCGCCCAUGAGUUCAAGCCCAACCCAGCUGCAAACACCUUCCAGCCCGGUGGAACCCCAAGCGCUACCUCCAGUCCUAGGCCAAACUCGUCUAGGCAAGAAGUCCGCAAGCCUCCUGUUACCAACUUCUUUACUGGCCCGAAGCCCACUGUUAAAUCACUGGACGGAUUGACGACCUUCAAUGCCAUCGGACGCCUUGAGAAAGAGGCGCAGUCGAACGAGAAGUCACAUCACUCAGAUAUUGCACCUCCCUACAAGACCCCGCCUACGUGGGAUUUCCCCUCUUCGAACACGAACAAGGGAUAUGAGCAGCUAUUUGACCAUGCUCCUCCGUCUGCGCCCUUGUCAGUACCACAGCAUGUCAUGCCCAACGGCCCCAUGCCUCACCAGCAUCAGUUACCACCUCAUCUCCAGGGCGCCCAAGGCAUGACACAAGGACCGACACCUCAACACACUCCCCGUGGGCCACCGAUACAACCGCAGCUCGGCCAAGAUCAACAUCAUUUCGGUGCUCAACACAUGCAAUAUUCGCACUCAACGUCAUCAGUCCAGCCUUCACCACGUCCGAUGGCACCGUACAUGUAUGGCGCACAACCUCAGCCAAUGCAAGGCUAUCCUCCGCAAGUCCCGCAAUAUGGCAUGAGUCCUGGUAUGCAGCAUGCCACGAUGCGCAACCCACAAGGCGGUCAAUUCAUGAACGGCCCUGGGCCGGCGAUGGGGGGUCAAAUGAUGACGAACCAGCCUUCGAAUGGACCCUUCAUGGGAAUGCCGGGUAAUCCACAGAUGCAGAUGUACUCGCCCGCUCCCGCUCCUGCGUAUCCUCAGUACCCGGCUCACAUGCCUCCGGGUGCCAACGGAUUCCCUAGCCCCAGGCCAGGUGCACCAAUGAUGAGCCAUCAAGGAUCGCAACAAGGCCACCACCAGCAGCAACCACCUAUGAUGUACAUGCAGCCUGGUGCACCAGCUCCUCAGAUGUACCAAAUGCAGCCAGGAGCCAUGGCUCCAAUGCGAGGUCCUUUCCAGCAACAAUACCAAGGUGGUCACUACGGCUCACCACAACAACAUCACCAGUUCCCCCAGCAACACCGUGGUACACCCAGCGGAAGUUACUCGCAGCCUAUGAUGCCGCAGCACUCAUCGGGUCCCCAAGCUCCACCCCCCACUGGCCCCGCUAGCCAUGCACCGGACGGCAACGCUGAGCCCAAAUGA